UAAAUCCCUUUCGUGACUCGUGAGGUAGCUUUAAAAAUGGCGGACUUCCUCAAGAAGGAAAGCGGUAUAAAAAGCGCAGCAGAGCAAGAUAAUUCAUCCUCAAAAUCGCAAGACAAUGAUGUUAAAGUAGACCAAGAAAACAUGGAAACAAUAACUGAAAAUUGUCCGAAGAAUUAUGCUGACUCUGUUAGUGUUUGGUCGCCACCAAAUACCCCGCCAAAUAAAUACGCCUUUCCACGUUUCCCAUCAUUGAGUCCACAAUACCCUCGUCGUAUGAGCGACGUUGACGUGAAAGAAGCUAAAGUGACUCCACCAAGAGGCCGACCGAAAGCUGAGAUGAUAAAUCAUUUGAUUGUCGAAGGAGCUCAGUCUUGUUCGCCGAUACGAUGCGAUAUUUGUGGUCGUGUUUUCCCGCGCGAGAAGUCACUACAAGCACACAAGCGUACACACAGUGGUGACCGUCCGUAUACCUGUGAUUUUCCCAACUGUGAUAAGGCUUUCGUUCAAAGUGGCCAGUUAAAGACACAUCAAAGAUUACACACUGGUGAGAAACCGUUUAUCUGUACCGUAGAGAGCUGCGACUCACGAUUUACCCACGCAAACCGCCAUUGUCCAACUCAUCCUAAAGCUGGUCUCGUACGUAAGGAUUGUGAUGAUAUUCCUCUGAAGAGAACAUUGCUAAGCGAAAUCCAAAACCAGGAACCUAACAAGCAUACCAAGGAGGUAUUAAUGUGGUUAAAUAAGUACGAACGUGAAAGGCAGAACAAAAGUCCGGGAUCUUUAAAGUGUAAGAAGGAGAGACGUGAGCUAGACCGAGAUCGAGAAAGAAACCAACUCGGCAUUUCUGAACGAAGAAGAGCAAGAGUAGAGGCUAGAAAGAGAAUAGCUGAACAAAAGGAACGUUGGUUUGGUGCUUUAGCACUUGUCGAACUUGCAGAACUCACGGCAAAUGCAAUGCCGGUUCAUAAAUCAUUGAACUUCCAUUUCCCUCGUGAGGAUAUUAACCACGUGGAAUUAAUAUGAGUUAAUACAGAGCACUUGCAUGGAUAGAUUUAUUCACUGCUUUUAUUUUUCAAAUGUGUGGCACUUGUACUUAUUCACAAAGUGAUAAGUUAAAGUCGAUAUUUAUUCACCUUUUUAGAUAUUUUAGCUCACUAGAAGCAUGCUUUAAUACAUAACAUGAUCAUUUGUAGUCAUACACCUUGUAUAUUAUAGAUUCAAAUUUAAUAAUUAACAUGAAUUUAAAUACUGGCUUGAAUUACACAUAUUUAUGCAAAUAUGCCACCAUUUUCAAAUUACCAGUUUUGUCAUGCAAUCAUUAUAUUUAGUAC